AAUUGCGAGCUUGAUUCUCAAUUUUUAUUUAUAGAAAAUUUCAAAUUCUAGAACCUUUUCAAUCUAACUAAAUUUGUUUGCAUGAACUUUUCAUAAUUCACAUCUUAAGAAAUUUAGCGUUGAACGAUCUCCAAAGACUUUUAGUGUUUCUCAUGUCUAAUGAUCAGGCAAACGAAAUUCAGCCACCAUGUCGGUCAUCGACAGAACCGACACCGGCUGAGUUUACGGGAAAAAAUGGGGCACCAAUACACGAAUCCCUUGCAAUGAUAAUGUGGCUUGGAACUCUUCAUUUCGUAAUUUUUCUCAUUGUGGCUUCCUUCAUAUUUCUUCCUUUAUUCAAGUUCUUCAUGGUAUUGGGAAUCCUGGUGGUGCUUAUAAUCAUCCCAAUUAACGAGAACAACAAAUGGGGCUUAGCUUUAGCCAGGUACAUAUAUAAGCAUGUGGCUGGUUAUUUUCCUAUCACGGUAUAUGUUGAGGAUAUCAAAGCUUUCAAUCCUAAUCAAGCUUAUGUUUUUGGGUACGAGCCACAUUCAGUUUGGCCACUAGGAGCUGGGAUACUAUUGGAUCUUGCGCGCUAUAUACCUCUUACAAAGAUCAAGAUUCUUGCAAGUAGCGCAGUGUUCUACACCCCUAUCUUGAGGCAUUACUGGACGUGGUUGGGAGUGUCGUCGGUAAACAAGACAAACUUUUCAUCGCUUUUGAAAGCCGGGUAUAGCUGCAUUGUGAUACCAGGUGGUGUACAAGAAGCAUUUCAUAUGAAGCAUGAUUCUGAGGUUGCAUUUGUAAAGGCGAGGAAAGGAUUCAUACGGCUUGCAAUGGAGACAGGUUCACCUGUGGUUCCUGUUUUCGCCUUUGGCCAGUCCUACGUUUACAACUGGUGGAAGCCACGAGGGAAGUUCUUCUUGAAACUCUCCCGAGUUAUGAAGUUUACGCCUAUCAUCUACUGGGGUAUCUUCUGGUCUUUCAUACCAUUUCGUCGACCAAUUCUUAUAGUGGUUGGUAAACCAAUACAUUUCAAGAUGAACUCUACACCCACUAUGGAAGAGGUUUCAAAAAUACAUAGUGAGUUUGUAGAAGCACUUCAAAAUCUAUUCGAUAGACAUAAAACACGAGCCGGAUAUCCUGAGCUUGAACUACAAAUUAUGUGAUUAUUAAGCAUCAUGAAGGCCCUAAUGUGGAUAAGAAAUAUAUGGAAGAUGCAGAAAUUGCAUUAAGCAUUGACAUAUAUUGAUAGGAACCAAUUUGAGAUGGUUAAUCUCAUUCAAGCGAAAAGUAAAUAAACGAAACAAAUGAAACUAAAUUAUAGACUUGCUGCAAAUUUUUUCUUCUCUUCCUAUAACAAAAUGACA